UCAAACACCGGGCGUCGCUGUUCACAACGAAACGUCCCAUUUUCUCGCCUGAAUAUGUUUUCGGAAGACAGAUUUCUAGAAGCAUGCAACGAGUUGAAGAGUCCGAUUAUUGACGAAUAUGAAUUUUUCACGGAAUCGCACGACGUCAAAAUAUACAGGAAAUAUCGAGAGGAAUCUGGGCUCUAUGAAUACAAGAUAUUUGGUUUAUUAAAAGGAGUGUCACCAGAGACGUGUAGACAAGUGUACGUAGAUUUAGAAUACAGGAAAGAAUGGGAUGGAUAUGUGAAAGAAUUGCGCGAGAUUAAUGAAGGAGAUAAAAAUGGCGUCUACUGGCAAGUGAACUUUCCAUUUCCAAUGUCAAACAGAGAUUAUGUAUUUAUGAGAGAGUGUCGCGAGUUUGACAUUGAUACAAGAAAGAUCACAGUGGUGCUUGGACAGAGUCAACUGUUUGCUAGUGAACCCGAACUGAGUGGGGUCAUACGAGUGGAUGAUUUCUGUCAAAGUCUGGCGCUGGAAUCAGACGGGGAUGAUGGCACAAAAGCAUUUAUGUAUUACUAUGACAACCCAAAAGGAAUGAUUCCAACAUGGCUCAUAAAUUGGGGAGCUAAGACUGGAGUACCCAAAUUUCUGACAGAUAUGCAGGCAGCUUGCAAGGGAUAUGCUGAUUAUUUAAAAUCCAAAACUUCCUAAAGCAUGAUAAACCAAUGAGAAGUCUCCAAUCUAUAUAUUGCUUCCUUAUUUGGAAGUGAAGACGUCCAUAUUUAGAUAUAUUUAACUUUGAACCUCAGGCUACCAUAUUUAGGUGAUGGUAUGAACCUCAGGUUUCAGACUACCAUAUUUAGGGGAUGAACUUUGAACUACAGGUUUCAGACUACCAUAUUUAGAUGGUGAACUUUGAACCUCAGGUUUCAGACUACCAUAUUUAGGGGAUGAACUUUGAACUACAGGUUUCAGACUACCAUGUUUAGAUGGUGAACUUUG